GUGGAUACAUAGAACAACAGAAGAACUUUAUUUCACAGGGAGCACACCUCUGGGAUGCUACAAAAAGCUGAUAGAAUAUCACAAGAAAGGAGAUCUCUCUUUCAAGUAUGUGAAGACUUUCAACAUGGAUGAAUAUGUAGGGCUUCCCAGAAAUCAUCCAGAGAGCUAUCACUCCUACAUGUGGAAUAACUUCUUUAAGCACAUUGACAUAGAUCCCAAUAAUGCUCACAUCCUGGAUGGGAACGCUCCAGACUUGCAGGCGGAAUGUGAUGCAUUUGAGAAGAAAAUUGAAGAAGCAGGGGGGAUUGAUCUGUUUGUUGGAGGCAUUGGUCCAGAUGGCCACAUUGCAUUCAAUGAACCCGGAUCAAGUUUGUCUUCAAGAACAAGAUUAAAGACUUUAGCAAUGGACACCAUUUUGGCAAAUGCUAAAUACUUUGAUGGAGACUUAUCUAAAGUACCAACUAUGGCGCUAACAGUUGGUGUGGGUACAGUGAUGGAUGCUAGAGAAGUGAUGAUUCUUAUAACAGGUGCACAUAAGGCUUUUGCACUGUACAAAGCAAUUGAAGAAGGAGUCAACCAUAUGUGGACAGUUUCUGCUUUCCAGCAACACCCUCGUACUAUCUUUGUGUGUGAUGAAGAUGCUACUUUAGAACUAAGAGUUAAAACUGUGAAGUACUUUAAAGGUUUAAUGCAUGUGCACAAUAAACUUGUGGACCCACUGUACAGUAUGAAAGAAAACUGAAAGAAGAAUGGAAGAGGAACUCCAUGUGGGUCAGCAGCGACAGUUUUAGGUAGCAGAUGAAUUCACUGCUAUGCAAUAUGCUGAAAACUGUUUAAAAUGGGGAAUCCUAGGUACUGUAUUAUUUUUCUAAAGGUCCAACAUCUGUUCAUUCACAUUCCAUCUGUCUGCUGUGUUGUGCAUUCUGCUUUUAACAUUGGGAGCUCUGUUGUCGGCCGGUGCAUAACUAAACGGAACAGAACCAACCUGGGGGAGCCUGCAUGUUAUGGAGGGGAGGGUGGGGAACAGAGCACUUAUUCUAGCACCUACAUUGUGUUAGAGAAGACCACCUUUUAUCUCAUGGAAUUUGUUAAUUUUUGGCUUGAUUAGUGUGACUACACUUCGCAUUUGUGUUCCAGGCAGAAUGGGUUUGGCCCUCAUCAAUACUAUGGACUUGUAACAGUUGUACAAUUUCUACUACAAAAUAUUCUGUUUACAUAUAUCUAAUGUACACUGAGCUUUUUGCACUUGGUUGCCUUAAAUUUAUCUUACAACCACUUUUUGGGGCAUCUCAAGUCCUGCUGUGCAAUUCAAAUAAAUAACAAAACAAAACAAAUAAUAAAUAAACAAACACAAAAGUAGUGCCUAAAAAUGUACCAAAUUCUUCCAGGGUAUCAUUUCCUCCACAGAUUCAACUAUUAAACUUCUGCCAUAGCACACUGUCCUCUCACAUAGCUGAAAUUACUUUAGGAUUUUUGUAUUUUUUUUU